AUGCAUAUCGUCUGGGCCGUUGAGCCCAUACCCACGACCUCGACUGUGUCGCCGACCCGGAUCGUGCCACGCUCCACACGGCCCGUGGCUACUGUGCCACGACCUGCGAUCGAGAACCCAUCUUCCACCGGCAUAAAGAAUGGGCGAGACUUCACAUCGACUGGCGUCGGGAUAUACGCAUCUAACGCCUCCCCCAGGCGUAUGAUUGCGCGCUCGCCAAACUCAGCGCGAACAAGGUGGGCUUUUGGGCGGAGUCGCGGUUCCGUGUUGAUCGAGUUGGAAAAGGUGGUCCUAGACGACUAUAGCCUAGUAAAGUAA